CGCCGUUAAUUUGGCAACAACAUCGACGACAGGUGUUUCACCGUGAUAUCUAUCUUGAAACGGCAUAUGUACAUCGUGUUGGACGACACCCAGGUGCAGGCAUCAGCUGAGGAGAGUUGUCAGAAAUUCUUAUCCAUGCCUGUCCACGAAUGAGUUAAUUUGUCUUGUGUAAGAAGGAAUAAUACUCAGCUUGUGUAGUAAUUAACUGAAGGUGAAGCAGAUCUGAAACGUCUAACGUGGAUUUGAAAGCAAGAAGCAAGCACCAUGGGCGAUAGCGACGGUAACGUGGACCAUGACCACUGCACGGUGUGUGGGUGCAGCAAGGAGCAGUACCUCAUGCUUCGGCAGCGUGUGGAAGAAAGCAAGCAACGCAUUACGUUGAUGGAGAGCGAGUUCCUACAGAGCACGCUGUACACCGAGAAUGAGCUGGACGAAUGCAGGGAGGAGCUCAGGCUGUCGCAGCAAAGAUACAAUGCAUUGGAAAAAAGUCAUCAGGAACUUCACGAGAUAAACAGUGAUCUGGAGGAGAGGAUUCUCGAUAUUGCUGCUGCCUAUGAGAAGGAGAAGCAGGCUCUCAACCGAGAGGUCCUGACACUCAGCCAGAGGCUCCUGGACACCAAGUUUGAAAUCAACAAACAGGAGGAAAGAAAUGCACGCUAUAAGAAAGACUGCCAGCUGGCUGUUGAACUACUUCAAUGUACGCCCUCUGGAGCCUAUAUGCAACACAAAGUCAGCCAGCUUCCUCACGAUCUGCAGUACUAUGUGCACCAACUUAUGGGCGAGAUGAAUACUGGCAGUCAGCAUUCUGGCAUCUCAUCGCAGCGUCACAAGCCGAGUGACAACAGCCAGCCGCUGCUUGGCUCUGACAAGUCCAGGAAUGGAUACCUGGCAUCUCGGGUCUACGACUCCGUCCCUGCCAACAUCAUCGCCAGGGCGAUGCAGCUUAGGGACGAGGAAGACCGCAAGGAGAUGGAGAAGCUGGUACCCACAUUGCGCAGCAGCCGCAGUAAGCAAGAAGUUGCUGUGGUACUACACGAUAAAGGGACGCAGACCACCGCAGUGGAGACAUUGAACCAGCCGGAGCAGCUAUGCGCCAGAUGUGGGGCUGAGGUGACCCUAAUACCCAUUAUUGAGCCAGAACCACCCAAACCACCCAAACCAUCAGAGUCUGAACCCAAGUUCCUGAACCUAUUGGAUCUAUCCGAACCUGCCCCAGCUAAGCCUGCCCCUAAGAAGACAAAUGAGCAUCUUUUGCUUGAUCUGUUGGACACCGAUGCACCCAGUGAAAAUGCCGCUGAGCUCAAUUUGAAGCGUUCCCUGGAGAAUCUCUCACUGGCUGACUUGCUCCUUGAUAUUCCAGACUCUGAGCCGGGCAUCAAGCCUUUGGGAAUGACUCCCAUCGAACGAGAAGAGACUCCGUCUACAGCCGAUGUCCUAUCUCUGAUCUCCCCUCUAGAUUCAGGUUCUCCUAUGCAGGAUGACAUGUCCGAUAGCAGCAGUGCUAGUAAGGAGAGUAACACAGGCACCCAAAGCAGCGUAGGAUCUUCCCUGACUGAGGCAGAUGCAGCCCUUGCUGCUCCUAAACCGCCAACCUCCAAGCCCACAGGUCCAGCUCGACGCCUCCAACCCGGCCCUACAACUAUCCCCCAGCUCCAGCAGAAUCAGAAGAACAACAGUGGCGGCGGUCACAGCAUGCUGACAGAGAGCUCCCCACUCUCCUCACCUGUGGAGCCUGAAUUCAAGAAGGUUGGCAAGGCGGCUGUCAUCAAAUCGCAGCAGAGGAGCCAAAGGUCAGCUGUCGUUAAUGGCACAGCAAGAACGCCAAGCGAUGACAGUAAAAAUCUUCCAGCCUUGAUCAAGGAUCUCUCUGCUGCCACCAACCAAAAGGGCUCAGCUUUCCACAAUCAGAAUCAGUCCCUGCUUCCUGAAAACCCAAGCGUGGAUGAGAAAACGGAGAGGGUAUCCAUGUACAUCAAUGACACCAACGCCGAGAACUUGAAGAAGGCUCAGCCAAAACCAAGACUUGUUGGGGGUGCUACAAAGCCCACGGGUCAAGUCAUUGGUUCGCAGCACAACCGACCCUCCAACCCACGACCAAGCCCAAACCCUAGCUCUAAUCUUAAUUCCAAUCCUAGUCCAGACGACAAUGCCAAUUCCAACCCCACCAAAGCUAACCCUAACUCGACUAAAAACCCCCACUUCUUGCAAACCAGUGUCUGAUACUAAUGGUCUUUUCAAUCAUUUCUACUUCCAGAUGAGCUUUCAAAUGUUUUUUUAAAGUAAACUUGGCCAAAUGUUCCUAAAAUUGUUGUAACACAUUCUGUGUCACUGGUGUUUGAGAACAAUUUGUACUUCAAACUGAUGAAAUAAAAAAAUUCACCGAAUAGUCAUUUGUGUCUAGUCAUGUAGAAUCUCAAUUUAGAUCAGUGUAAUGUGCUUUGUAGGUAAACCGUGAUUGUCCAAUGCAUUGAUUGAGACCGUUCAACCUGAAA